AAUAUUAAUUUUAAUAAGUAUUUUUCUUGCAGAAAUGAUAUCGGAAAGAAUUCACGUAUUUGAGGACACGGAGGUCGAGGAUCAGUAUGCGCUGGGUGAUAUUGGCACACUGGAAGAUGACUUCAUUGAAGAAGAAAAUGAAGAAGACGAUGUCAACGAACAAGAGUUUAAUAAUGAGUAUGAAGUUAUGUCGACCAUAGUGCGGGAAGGUGGCAAUAAUGCUGGACAAGAUCCCAGGUCUUCCACCAAUGGCUGGCUGUCACCAGAACCUCCCGAGUGCCAUAGAUUUAUGGGAUUAACCACGUGUGUGAAUCGGGACGGUACAGUUUACGUGCGUGAUAUAGUACGGGCACAACAACUGAUACCCAUCACUAUAUCACUCGCCGAGCAUUACAAGGACUACUCACAGAACGAAACAAUCACUGACUGGACACCGGGACAGUCAUGCGUCGUCUACGAUAGCAGAAGGAAUCUGUAUUUAAGAUCCAUAAUCAAGAAAGUGGAUACAGAAAAUAGGACGUGUACUGUUGAGUACAUUGAUUACGGCAAUAUAAACGAACAUGUCUUUGAGGACCUACGAAGAGGUACUCCGACGCGGCACAUACCUGCCCUUGCUCAGACAUGUUCCAUUUAUAAUUUAAAUCCCGUGGGAGGCACCUGGACUGGUGAAGCCAUCGACUACAUGAACGAACACAUCGUAGGCCGAGUAUGGGACAUACGCAUCUGUGGUUUAGUAUUCACAGGUCAAUCUAUUAAUUUCUUAAUUGAUUUAGUAGGUGAUGCAAUUUGGGCUAGCUGCCUGCCGAGAGAUUUAGUGGACCAUAUAUACUACGCGUCCUACAUCCAUCACCCGAGCGCGGUCCUUCGGUCUAAUCGUCCACGUUUGUAGGGAGUGAGUCAUGUA